AUGAUAAGGAGUGAUAGCGAUGCUGCUCUGGACGAGUACAGCCUGUUACUGCAGAUUGUGCGAGAUCACAUGCUGCGGCGUGAAGAGCCCGGUCAUCCACUUGUACUCCAAGUUCAGAGUGACGAAACGGAUGGCGGCGAUCAUGUGACGCUCGUACUUGGACAAGUCAUGACGGGCCAACCCCGUCCUGUGAGAAGUGUGCUGCGACCAGGAGACAGCCCUAGACCACCGGCUGCCUCCUUGCCAUUCUUGGCAGAGCUGGGUCCUCUGCUUCUUCAGGCGCUGGCGCUGCAGGUGGUAUUCGGCGAGCAGCGACGUCGUAUGGCUGCUCCUCUUGACCAGGAAGCUAUGGGGAGACUCCAACGGAUGAGAAUAGAUCGUGAAAUUGUGGCCCAGCUCGAGUCAGAGGGAAGGGGAGUGUGUUCCAUCUGCCAGGAGGCCUUUUCCGCCGGCUGCGAAGUGUACCGCCUUCCGUGUGGACACAUGUUUGACGUUUGGUGCCUGAAGCAGUGGCUUGAACGCACGCGAACAUGCCCCAACUGCCGCUUUGUAUUGCAGGAUGUGGAUCAGCAGUACAAGGAUGUAGUUGCGCCCGCAUGGUGGAGAAGCACGGGCGAGAAUGCAGAGGAGCAGGAAGGAAAAAAGUGCCAGUGCGUUGCCACCGUAGUGGGAGGGGAAGCUCCGACCCAUAGCCGUUUAUCAAUUCCACUAGUUGUUGGGGCUGUGGAUGCAGAGGUCCACCGUCGGCAGCCACACCUACCGCAGCAGGUCUUGGGGACGCAUCAUCAUCGACAACAACAACAACGGCCUUUGGGAUUUUCGCCGCAACUAACAGAGACGUUGAGGACGCCUUCCCCCGUCUCACUUGGUAGUAUGAUGGAUAGAGAGACAUUGUUGGAAAGCAAUGGUGGGUAUAGUUUUUUCUCUACUGAUGGGUCUCAAGCGCCUCGUGGGGCUAACUUUGAACCAGCGCCACCGCUGGAUGUACUGCAGCGAACAGGUGGGACGUUCCGUGAAGAGCGUUUUGCGGAGGAGGCAACGACGUCAUUGUUGCUAGCCCCAUCGCAUUUAGGCGAAUUGCGCGUCGCAGGGAAUGUCAACCGAACCCCGCAACGGCAGAAUUAUUUGCCUGUGCACGGGGAGCAAAGGCCUCCUCCACCCAUACGCUGGUCGGAACUAUCGUUGCCAUCCACCGGUGAAUUGGAGGAGGGGGCAGCUGUCAGCCCCGCUAUUGGGAGAAGUGUAGGGGAUGCGCCAUUUUCACUUACUCAACGCAUCACUAGUGAGGACAAUGAGGACGACAGUUUGGAAUCCAUGCCACGUAGUAACACUCGUUCACCAGAGGAGGCGCAAACGCUCCGUGGUGACGCAUUGGCCCAAAGUAUUUUUCCUAUUCCACAACCGCCAGAGCCGACAGCAGUGGUAGGUAGUGCGAGACACGUAGUGCAGGCAUUGCGACGGCGGCGCGCAGAGGAGGUGCGCCGUGUCCGGCCAACCAAUAGCAGCAGCAGCCGUAUGAAUUCACACAGCAGUCUCACUGCCAGGUUUCCACCGCGUCACAGACCAGCCUUCCCUAGUAGAUGCCCCCUGCCCCCGCCGCCCCUGUUGACACCGCCAAAUCCCUCGCCGCCGUGGAUUCCGGUGGGACGCCAAGAUGGUGUUAGUAUGAAUAGUAACGGUGGAAGUGGGCAAAGUGGACUGCGGAGGCCAGGGGAUUCUCGUGUCCAACAAGGUCGCGGUAAUCACCGCAACCUGGCGCGAUAUGAGGCAGUUUUUCGUGGUCAGCAAGACAGGAGAUGCUGA